ACCGCCAAGUCGUCGCAGUUCUCGUCGUCGUCGUCGUCUUCGGCCGUCGAUUAAGAAUUGAUAAUAACCGUGCAUCUAGUAUAGGGAGCCAAGCCAUAGCACAAGCCACAGCCCAGUCAGUAUUUGUUUAUAUUUCCACACAUAUAAAUAAUUAUGAAAUCAGAGGCAUUGCACAAGCUGCUGGCAUUCUGUGCGCUGCUGAUUGCCUGCGCGUGGAGCCAGCCAUUGACACCGCCCGAGCAUCAGCCGCAGACAAUCGAUCGCCAGCUGCUGCUCAUCGAGAACAAUGUGAGCGCGGAGGAUGCACAGAACUACCACAUCGCGAUACCGAGGAAGGCCAAGGCGGGGGAGCCCUGUCUGACCAUCACUUGGAAGACCAAUCCGGAUGGCAGCGGGCCGGACUAUCCGCGUAUCUACAUGGCUGAUGGCUACUUCAGGAUAAUGCCACCCUCGAUACCAUCAAUACCCUCCAUGUCUAGAGACCAACCACAAUAAACGGUUAGAUAUCCCUUCGUGCGGGAGAUCUAUCCUUUCUGUAUCUACGAA